CGAAUCCGCGGCGGAUGGAUCUGGCGUCCUGGAGCAAGGAGAGGCUGAGAUCUAUCGUGCAGUAUGCACAAGAAGCGUUUCAAGCUGAUAGCUAGAGGGCCCACUCACUUGUCGACGCAAUGAGGCAAGGGCGGCACUGCAUGAUUGGCAAUCAAAUGCAUCACCCAUGAUGCCUGGCUGUUGGAUGAAUCAAAACGUCUUUCAGAUGGAUGAAUCAAUCGGUGCGCCGAAGCAGCAUCAAGCAACGAGGAUGAAUCAACAUGCUGGCAGUGCCCUGCCUGAUCAUGGACACCCAACAUGAGACCAAGGAUGCUGCUGCUAUUUCUCACGUCGGUACUUCUGCCCCUGCCCCUUCCUCUGCCUCGGUCAGCCGAAUGCACUCACCGCCAGGCAACACCGUGUUUCACUACAGGGCCGCUGCAGCGGCCAACUCAUGCCCUCAUCUCAAGACGCCACCGACAACAUCGACGCACUAGCCCAUUACAAGUCCAGCGGCAUCAGCAGCAGCAGCAAGACCAUCAGCAGCAACAGGGUGGUGUCCAGGCCCCUGUGCGAGUGGGCAUUGUGGGUGGCGGGCUGUCGGGCGCAUGCUGUGCGUGGCUGCUGUCCAUCUGCAACACCACUGAGCGGCCUUACGAGGUGACGGUCAUCGAGAAGCGGCCCCAUCCCGGAGGCGCCAUCUAUUACCCACAGGCAAGCCAGAGCACAGAGCACACACAGACGUCUCACACCUGAGGAUGGUGCGGUGUGGUGUUUGGUUGUCAUGCCUGUCAGGUGCCAGAGGGCCGCAUCACGUCGGAGUCUCAUCUGCCGUCAAGUGCUUCGUCUCACGUCUUGCCGAUCAACGCUGGCUCGCCAGUGCACGUCGGCAACUUCCUCAACCUCAACAUGCUCCUGCGGCACUUCAACGUCACCGAAUGGCUCGUCGGCAUCGGGCCGAACCGACAUCUCGCCAGCCCGUCCGAGCCGCAGCUGUUCCGCCUUGUGCAUAUCCUCAAUCCUUCUGGCCAGCAGUUUGUUCCCCCUGCCAGCCUGCUGCGCAAGCCGCUGCUGUGGCUGGAUGUGGCGAGGUUUUUCCUGCUGGUGAACAGGGAGAGGGACAUGACUUAUGAGGAGUUCUUCGCGAAGCACCCCUUCUCUCGUCGGCUGCGGAAUCUGCUGGACUGGGCGAUACGGACUUAUGAGUUCGACCAUGCGCCGGCGAUGCUGCGGCGGCUGUCGAUUAAGGCGGCGCUGGCAUACCUCUACCAAUCCAUGUUCCUCUCGCUCAUCUUUCGCGAUGCUUUCCAGGUGACACACAAUGUGGGCCCACACUGACGCAUAGCCUCUCUCCCUCCCUCUGUGUGCGUGGGUGUCAGUUUGAGUACCCGUCAUGGUUCCUCGAGCAGGGGUGGUUCGCGUCGAUCCGCAAGGAGUCCCUCGCCAAGCUGGGGGAGAGGAAGAGGGGCCACCCCCAUGCCGAUGAGACGGUCGCCAGGGCGUCAUCGGAUCCGAUGUGGACUGCCGAUCGGCCGCUCAGCUGGCUGCAGUACCACUGCAUCGACAGACGGAAGGUCAGUCAAACACAUGAAUGGAUGGAUGGAUGGAUGGCUCUUGGGUUGUUGCGUCCGCGUGAGUGUGUGUGUUCAGCUGCUGGCAAAGCUGUUGGAGCCUGUCCAUGCGAUCAGAUGCCACACGCAGAUCGUCCGGGCACAGUUGACGGUAAGCAAGUCCGUCAGCCACACACCACAGCACAUAGGAUGAAUGCAUCGAUGUGCGUGUGCCUCCCUUCAUGGCCAUGUGUGUGUGCAGGCCGACGACACAGUGCAGCUGACGGAUCAGCGGGGCGACACUCAUGUGUUCGACAAGGUCAUCUUCUCAGCGCCGCCAACAGAGAUCGCCAUGAUGCUCCGACACACCCACACCCACACCCACUCCCAGCAGCAGCAACCGGCUGAGCAGAAGGAGCUGUCGCGGGUGUCCGAGUGGCUCGAGAGCCUCACCUCUGAGACGGUGCGCGUGCAGAUCAUCCCCCGCUCACAGAUGUCAUUCGACAAGGGUGGUGGAUUUCCGCCAGAGAGCCGGCAGUUCCCCCGGGAGUCGGAGAGUGCUGAUGACUGGCACUUCUACUCCAUCUACGACAUCACUGAGGUGAGAGGGCAUCCCCCCCACCAUCGGCCAUGCGGCAGUGGUGUGUUUGUUCGUUGUGUGUGGCGCAGGUGAGCCCCGAGAGGCUGCCGGCGUCAUUGCUGAGUGUGGCGGUGCCGGUGUCCUCCGACGGCAGUGGGGCUGUGAUUCUGGACCCUUCCUACAACCACACGGGCAAACUGCACCCACUCAACUCACAGGUCAGUGACUGCCCACAGAGAAGAGACCUCCUGUGUGUCCUCAUGGCGCGUUUGUGGUAAUCUGUGUGUGUGUGUGUGUGUGUGUGUGUGCAGGACUACCCAUGGCUGCUGGCUGACUGCGCCUACACCAAGCACCGCCAAGACAUGCUGCGCCACAUGCAGGGAAUGGCCGACGGCAGACUGUUCUUCACAGGACACAUCGGUCAGCGACACACCGACCCCCCAGGCCCAUCAGGCAGUGUCUGUGUGUGUGUGUGUGUCUGUGUGUGUGCAGUCAACGGCGUGUUCAAGAAUAUCGAGUCGAGUGUGCGUGCGGCGUGUGAGCUGUGUGAGGAGCACUUCAGUGCACUGCCGCCGUGGCGCUUUGUGCUGCCGCCCGAGAGUGGGCUCGACUUAGACUGGUGGAUGGAGGACCUGACACACGACACGGCGAAGGCCCUGCAGAGAACGGCCAAACAGGUCAGUUUGUGAAAGAGGAGAGCGGCCCCGAUGCAUCUGUGUGUGUCUGUGUGUGUGUGUGUGUGCAGCUGUUUCAGCUGUCCUUCACUGCGUUGAUUGCAAUGGCCGUGCGGGCGAUGCGAAGAGGGGCUGAGGGUGGGCAGCCGUCUGAUGAGGGUGAUAAGGGUAAUCGUGCGUCUGUGAAAAUGUCCGCAGGAGUGCAAUCUGAUAGACCGGCUGUGGCUGUUGCGUCCGAUUGACUGAAUGGAUAUGGACAUAAGACACAUUGAUUGGUGUGCAUGUGUCUUCCAUUUAUGUAUGUGUGGGCGUGUGUGGCAUAUACCCUGUUCAUUCUGCGUUACA